AUGUCUUUGAUACUAAUUACUGAAUAUAUUCAAAUAGAUAAAAAUAAUAUUUUAACUGCUAAAGUUAUUAUUUCUGAGUUUACUUUUCAUCAAAAUGAUUUAGAUUCACCUAUUGAAAUAGAUAGUACUGAAUAA